CCGCGCGCAAGCCCUUGAACCCCCGAGGCGCCUCCACCGUCGCCACACACGCAGCACAGGUAGGCAAGAGGAGGAGAGGAACCCGGCGGCGGAGAUGGUUUCCCUCAAGCUGCAGAAGCGGCUCGCCGCGAGCGUGCUCAAGUGCGGAAAGGGCAAGGUCUGGCUCGACCCCAAUGAGGUCAGCGAGAUCUCCAUGGCCAACUCCCGUCAGAACAUCCGCAAGUUGGUGAAGGAUGGGUUCAUCAUCAAGAAGCCCCAGAAGAUCCACUCUAGGUCUCGUGCUCGUAGAGCCCAUGAGGCCAAGCAGAAGGGACGUCACUCUGGAUAUGGUAAACGUAGGGGUACUAGGGAGGCUAGGCUUCCAACCAAGGUCCUGUGGAUGAGGAGGAUGCGCGUGCUCAGGCGUUUGCUGCGCAAGUACCGUGAAGCUAAGAAGAUUGACAAGCACAUGUACCAUGACAUGUACAUGAAGGUCAAGGGUAACGCGUUCAAGAACAAGCGUGUGCUCAUGGAAAGCAUCCACAAGUCCAAGGCUGAGAAGGCAAGAGAGAAGACACUUUCAGACCAGUUUGAGGCGAAGCGAGCCAAGAGCAAGGCGAGCCGCCAAAGGAAGAUUGCCAGGAGGGAGGAGAGGUUGGCCCAGGGCCCAAGGGAACCGGCGGCACCACCAGUAGCAGCUCUUGCUCAAACCGCAGUGGCGCCAAAGAAAGCAAAGAAGUGAAGACCUGACGGUGAGCAUUUCGCUGUUUGCCGAGUGAAACCAGUCAAGUGUUAGCAGAAUUUUGAAGUAUGGACCGUUUUAUUCCGUACUCAAGUAAUUCGAACUCAGAUACCUUUAAUGUUAUGUUUCGUGCUACCGGAUGUAGUACUAGAUGCUUAUGUGAAGUUUCUUUUAAAAAGAUGGUGAUAUCUUUACCCUGCA